AUGUCGAACAAUGUUGACCCAGCGUUUGUGGGAGUGGGGAAGGUGCCCGGGCUCACCCUCUGGCGCAUCGAAAAGAAGCUCGUGGUCAAGCAGCCUGCGGCUGAUGGUAAGUUCCACGAGGGGGACUGCUACAUCCUGCUAUCCACCACGAACUCUCCUGGCCGCGUCGAGCAGACCGUCCACUUCUGGAUCGGCAACGAGUGCUCGCAGUCUACCGGAGUUGAGUACCUCCCCGGGGGCGUGGACAGCGGGUUCAACAAGAUGGAGAAGGACGUUUUCCGCACUAGACUGCUGCACGUCAAGGGCAAGCGCGUCGUGCGCGUGUCCGAGGUAGCAUGCUCGACGGACAGCCUCAACAACGGAGACGUGUUCAUCCUCGACGCGGGCCUGAAGCUCUACCUGUGGAGCGGGCCGGACGCCAACAUGUACGAGAAGUCCAAGGGGGUGCAGAGCAUGCAGCGCAUCAAGGACACGGACCGAGCGGGACGCGCGACGAUGACCUUCUUGGACGAUGACCCGGAGAAUGCGGAGUUCUGGGAUACCCUUGGAGGGUACACCGAGUCGGGCGACGUGUACAUCCUGGACGUCAUGGCCGAGGUGUUCGUGUGGGUGGGCAGGGGCUCCUCGGUGGAGGAGAAGAAGAGCGGCAUGCCCUACGGCUACGAGACGACUACGUUCAAGGGAAACGGUGGUGGUGCUCCGCCAAGAAGAUCAACCCCGAUCACUCGCCUGGCGCAGGGAUACGAAACCUCCGCUUUCAAGCGGUACUUCCAAAAGUGGAACCCUCAGCCGGUCCCGUCGUGGGAAGACACCCCCACGUCGUCUAAGAGCCCGGGACUGUCAACUCCAGCGGCGGCGAUGUCGGAGGCCGACUCCGCCGCGAUCGCAAAGGGAAUGCUGGACUCGUCUUCGGCAAUGGACGAGAAGCCCGUGGACGACGGCAGCGGUAAGCUGGAGGUGUGGAGGGUGGAGGACUUCAAGCUGGUACCUUGGCCCAAGGAGAAGUACGGGCAGUUCUACGGAGGCGACUGCUACGUGAUGCUCUACACGUACCUCGUGGGGGGCAAGGAAAGCUACCUCAUCUACUUCUGGCAGGGCCGGGAGUCCACCCAGGACGAGAUCGGCGCGAGCGCUCUCCUCGCAAAGGAUAUGGACGACAAGCUUAACGACGCCGCUGUCCAGGUCCGGGUCGUGAUGGGCAAGGAACCCAAGCACAUGCGGAACUUGUUCAAGGGUCACCUCGUCAUCCACUCGGGCGGGAAGGCGUCGGGGUUCAAGAACCAGAGCGCGGAAGACUCGUACGACGAGGACGGCGUCUGUCUCUUCCACGUCAAGGGUACGCAGCCGGACAACACCUACGGUGUACAGGUGCCCGAGACGGCGAGCAGCCUUAACUCCGGGGACACCUUCGUCCUCCUCACACCCACGGACGUCUACCUUUGGGUGGGCAACGGGUGCUCCGCCGAGGAAUCACACGCCGCGGAAGAAAUCUCGAAGAUGGUGCUCGACCACGGGGAUGUCUCUGGCCGGACGGUGUCUACCGUGGAAGAGGGAUCGGAGCCCGAAGCGUUCUGGGACGCCCUUGGAGGCAUGGGCGAGUACCCCAAAUUGUCAGAGGCUGAGGAGGUCUCGCAGGAACCCCGUCUGUUCCAGGUCUCGAACGCCACCGGCAAGCUGGCGGUAACGCCCGUGUGCAACUUCGACCAGAGCGACCUGUGCGUCGAUGACGUCAUGCUCCUCGACACCGUGUCCUCCGUGUUCGUGUGGGUCGGGCCACAGGCCAACGAGACAGAGCGAUCAGAGUCCAUGAACGUAGCCCAGCAGUACAUCAACACCGCAUCGGACGGCCGUAGCCCGGACACGCCCGUGCUCCAGGUGGCCGCAGGCAACGAGCCCCCGCUCUUCACGCAGCACUUCCGCGGGUGGGACCCGCUACUCACGGAUAAGAACACCUUCGUGGACCCUUACCAGGCCAAGCUGGCGGCUGCCAAGGAGGAGGAGGCGCAGAUGGAGGCCAAGUAUGCCGAGGCUCCCGGCACGAUCACCAUGGACGACCUGCCGGCACCACCCGCCAACGGGGCGGCGGCAAGCGGCGGCGGCGGCGGCGGCACCGCGUCCCGGGAUAUCACCCCGCCCUCCGCGAACAUGACUGUCCCCUACGCUGAACUCAAGGGAUACGGCACGGAGGUGGACGGGGUGGACCCGUCAUGUAGAGAGCAGUACCUUGACGACAAGGAAUUCGUGGAGGUAUUCGGCAUGUCCAAGGCUGAUUUCGCGAAGCAGCCCAAGUGGAAGCAGGUGUCGGCCAAGAAGGCAAAGGAGCUCUUCUGAGGACGUUCUCUGAUUCGAACCAAAGAUUCUUUGACUGUUGUAGGGCCAACACGUGAUAGGUUCUAUAAGAGAACCCAUACGGCUCUUGUCGUAGACGUGCGAAUACGGGGUUGCCUGGGCUUGACCUUCGAGAGAAGAGGCGAGGGUCGUCAGGGGAUUUAUAACUGUAGAGGUGUUCUGGAAGGAAACACUAGACGGGGUGACUCUCAAUGGGAAUACCAGUGAACAUCAGGUGGUGCAAGAUGCUUCCACUGUGCGAAAGAAGUCAAAGUCAGUGCCUCUCCUGCUUAGACAUAUAUCAUUGAGGCUUGCGGAGGGUAUUGGGAAAGGGGUGGCGGGGGGGAUAGGGGGCGAACCUGUGUAGAAGACACUACAUGCUCUCCAAUGCGUAUAAUUCUGUGUAUUGACGAGCAUGGUUUCCUUGUUGACUAGCGCAAGCAACCAACCAACCAACGAGAUAACCGCGUUAAGUGCAAACCCCACCUUCGUAUAUCAACUCGAAGGGCAAUCUGUUCCCUGGUUGUAGUGCAGGUUUCCAUUCGACAUCUUUGUAGUGUCGAUGUCGAGCCGUUUUGCGGGUAAAGCGGGUAGUAGAUAGUGAUUACGCCCCGAGUUGUCCUAUGGGUCCUAUUCUGCUGCAUCCAUACGUGGCUGAAGAAUUGAGCGGAAGACAGGGAAAGGCAAGAGGUCGGAGACGGUUUGAGACAUGGGCAGGAUGGGAUGGAUUUCUCCGUUGAAAUUGGAAUGCUUUCCAUGGAAAACCACUUUUUUGCCGGUGGUUUUGCCUGUUUUGGGUCGAGGUUGACUGCUGUACUCUUUGCGGCGCACAAUUUCUUGUGUCCGGGGGAGUGCUACCGGGGGAGGGGGGGGGGGGACGAAGAGUGUAGGGCGAUGAAGAGGCCGCGUGUAGUUUUGUUCUUGGUGCCAAGAUAUUCGGGCCAUCAGCCGGGGUGUGUGCCUUGAAACUAUGCUACUAGAGUUAAGGGGGAGAGGGGGAAGGAUGGGAAUCCGGGCCAAUGGUCGAUGCUGGGGUGAUGACUUGGUUUUUGAACAACAGCCUUAAAAACCAUUUUCCUGAUUGACCAGAAAGAAAGGAAGAAGAGCCGAUAUCGUAGCUUUCAAACCACGGGCUUGUGAUGCCAUGAGGUGUUGAAGGGGCGCGUCUGCUGCUGUACAAGUAGGCGAUACGUGUACUUGAAGUGCACGCUAGAGCUUCAACAGAAGGCAGGCUGUAGGCUGUGCUCGGCAGGAUGCUCAGGUGUAGGUCAGUGGGUACAGCAGUAGUACACCCACGAUUCUGUGUGGGGGUGGGACGAUCACGUUCCAUGUUGGCAAUGACGGACGAGUCGUGGUUGCCUCUGGUUUUUAGUGCGUUGCUGAGGAUGCCCCGUGGUCCUAAGGGUAGCAGAGGCGCUGCAAGGCUGGGCUAUU